UUUUGAAGCAGCCAAACAAAAUCACAUUCAAAAUUGUGUGAUAGGGAUGAUAUCAACUAUUGUGCUUCAAGUAAUGGGGCUAAUGGAUGACUUCCUUGAUAAUACAGAAUUUCGUUUCAUAAUCAUCAUUUUGUCGGUGUUGGGCCAAGUUUGUGUUUCUUUGAUGUCCUUGAUUUUUCUACAAAAUUCCAAGCAUGGAAGAAAAUUCCUCCUAGGUUGCAUCAUUUGGUUUGUCAUCAUACUUUUAAGCUUAGCCUCGGUGACAGUGAUGUAUGAAGAAGUGUAUUUUGCUGAUAUAGAAACGUACACCGCAGGUCUUGUAAAGGAAGUGGUUGCACCAUGCCUUACAGUCUUUGCAGGGUUCUACUUCCUUAUUUGUGCCAUUCAUCACUACCAAGCCAUGGGCAAGAAGCUAACCACGACCUCCGACAUUAUUUUAUGUUGAAACUAGGAUGAUCGACUUCCAUCAGCGAUGCCUUUCUAAUUACGUCCCAGUUGAUGUUGGAAUUAUAUUCCAUCCCGUGAGAUGUGUUUCUUUCCACUUUUAUGUUGAAACUAGGAUGAUCGACUUCCAUCAGCGAUGCCUUACUAAUUACGUCCCAGUUGAUGUUGGAAUUAUAUUCCAUCCCGUGAGAUGUGUUUCUUUCCACUUUUAUGUUGAAACUAGGAUGAUCGACUUCCAUCAGCGGUGCCUUACUAAUUACGUCCCAGUUGAUGUUGGAAUUAUAUUCCAUCCCGUGAGAUGUGUUUCUUUCUACUGGAAACGAUGGCAGGAGACUUGCAACUUAGGCAUUUGCUUUGAGAUAUGUGGGAAUAACGUUGUGGAGAACAAACAGAGAUAGUGGAAACGCGGGUGGUUAUAGGCUAUCUUUGUAAACACAC